AUGCCCGACGCCCUCACCUCGCCCGUGGCGGCCUCCAUGGCUGCCGCAGGUGCUAUCCCCGCCUCGCUGGUGGCGCCCUUUGCCACCGAAGGUGGGCCAUGCAACCCGGCCAAGCGGAGCAAGCUGCCUCUGGCGGGCAAGCUCAACGUGCUCAACACGUCGACCUGGUGGGUGACGGCCAAGUCGUCCGACUCUGGCUUUGCACUCCAGUACCACAAGGCCACCAUGGCGGGCGGUAUGGCCGUCGACAAGAUGCGCGCAAAGCGGGCGGCGAAGGGCGAGUCCGACACCAACCCCUACCGCAUCAUCGUCGCAUCGCCGCCGUACCAGGCCAUUGCCACCGCCGCAGACUGGCACGCCAUCCUUGACGACUGGGCGUGGAUGGAAUCGCACCUCUUCCCGCUCGCCGGCCUCCACGGCGUCGACGGCGUCGUCCUCGCCGUUCAGGCCCUCAUGGACGCCGACGAUGUGACCUCUGCAGAGGCCAUCCCCAUGCUGCAGGCCUCGACCUUUGCAAAGCUCGAAGCCGACGAUAACGACCACACAUCGCCACUCGUCUCGCAGCUUGUCGACGACGCCGCCAUGGCCAUGUGGAACAACCAGUUUGCCGACGCCAUCGAGGCUCUGGCUCCCGUUGCCGACGACGGCCCGCGCGAAAAGUUUACCCUCGCCCAGGUGGCUCUCCUCGACGCGCUGCGCUCCGGCUCGGCGUCGGCGACCACCGAUGCCAUCACUGCCAUGGAUGCCGUUGCUGCCUUUGCCUCUAGCGUCGGUGCCGAUCCUACCGCCCUCGACGCCCUCGUCGCCCGCCUCGCCACCGACGCUGCUGUCGACCUCGACGCGCCGCAGGGCUUCGCCCUCCGCGCCGCCACAGGCUUUGACGUCGCCCUCAUCGCCGCCACCGCCGUCCUCUACAAGGCGCUGCUGUUGAUGCGGACUGGUUCGCGGACUGGCGCCGCCUUUCAUCUCCGCAAGGGCUGGAAGGCCUUUGCCGCCGUUCUCGAGCAAAUCAAGGCCUACGACGCCGUCCACGCCGUCCGCCUUGACCCGGCGCUCAUGGCUGCUGUCAAGUACGGCCAGGGCCUCACCUACUUUUUGCUCGCCCUCGUCCGCCCCGGCAUGGGCAAAACCCUACUCGGCGCACUUGGCCUCCACGGCGAUGCCUCGCGUGGCAUCGAGUUCCUCUCCGAGGUAGCCGCCGGCGAGUUCCUCGACUCGCCCUUUGCCGCUGUUGUUGUUCUUGCCGCCACCGUGUACAUGCCGACCUCGUUUGUGCCGCAUCCAGAGCAUCUCGAGCGUGCCGCCCACCUCAUCGCCCUCAACAAAGAGCGUUACCCGGCCGGCACCGUGUUUUCGCUCCUCGAGGCUCCGCUUCGCAGGCUACAGGGCGACGGGCCCGCUGCGCUCGCCGCCAUCAACCACGCCGUCGAGCUAGUCACCGCCUCGGGCGCCGCCCCUCCGCAUCACUACCUCGUCGAACUUGCCGAGACGCUGCUGUUUACCGGUGACUACGCGGGUGCUGCUCAGGUCCUCCGGCCCGUCGUCGACGGCGGCGCCGCCUUUGAGAACCGCGGCAUGGCUACGCUACUCCUCGCCUCCGCCCUCGUUGGAGCCAACGGCCCGGAGAGCCCCGAGACGCUCGCGGCGCUCGAGGCCGUGCCCGGCCACGUCCAAAAGGGCUCGCCGUACGACGCCGCCGCUGCACAGCUCGCGAGCUGGUACGCCGACGACCACACCCGCCUGGCCCUACUCCCGCUCGAGGUCGCCUUUCUCCGCAACCACCUGCACACUCUCGCACCGGCUGCUGCCCAACAGCUGCUCAACGGCCCGCUAGCCGAGGCCAACCUCACCGCCGCCGGCGCGCCGGUCACCGAGCCGGUCACCGCCUACAAGAUGCACCUCUUCCGUGGCGCCGCCGCUGCGUCCGCAGGCUCACUCGACAUUGCCGCCAACGAGCUCGAUGCCGCCACCGCCCGCGAGGCCGACGUCCGCGACGGCGGCGUCGAGACACGCCUCCUCACGUACAUGGCGUACGAGAGGACCCGUCAUGCAUACCUCAACGGCGACCAGGCCCAUCUCGCGGCAUGUCUCGAGAGCCUCGCCUCCAUCAAGCACGCGGGAUGGGUCGACGAGGCUCUUGACCGCCGCAUUGAGGUUGCGCUCGACGAGCUCGUGCAGUCCAAGUAA